AUGCCGCCCAAACGUGCUACACGCCGGGCUGGCGCAACUCCUCAACGACCACAUCAGGAACCCGAAUUUGAGUCAAUACUCGACCUUGUGCAAGGGCCUGUUUUGCCCAGUGUUCCAGUUCAAGCAUCAUUCAAUUAUGGCGCUGCUACUACCACAGCAUUACCUCAGCGCAUGUCGAUCCGACCCAACAUGGGGAUAGAUCAGAUAGCUGGGGUAGUCGAUGCCCGUCUUGAGACUGCUCGAAAGCGAACAGCCGCUACGAAGAAGAAACAAGGCGUUCAAGCACGCCAGUCAAAGCGUGAGCCAACCCCCGACCAAACCCAGCUUCAGCAGUCGCUGCAUAAUGCAGUAGAUGAACACUCCGAUAAGACUCCUUCGCCUCCAGUUCCACAUUCGAUCUCUACGGACUCUAGUCCUGACGCUCAACCCCCAUUGCAACGACACUUGUCAAACUCUCCGCUUUAUCCAUCGCCGCUUCAACGGAUGGGAUCUCCUCGUAUUAAUAAUCCUUCGGGCAGCAGCACGCCAUUCCGCCACAGCUCCGUUGAUAAUGUUUCUGUCGCGUCUUGGAAUCUAGAACGUGAUAUUAACGAAGAUGACCUACAAAGAACGCGGCCAAGCAAACAUGGACGCAACAUCACGGCGCCUCCUCGAAGAGUUUCUGGCCUGGCUAAUGUUCUCGAGGAGGAUGAGGAAGACGCCGAGUUUGAACCGGCGAUAUAUCAAGAUUUCGAGCCCGACAUCCCCAAGGAAAGCGUUUUGCGUCGAUGGCUAGGAGCAGCGCGACCCCGACGUCGGGAGCCAGAGAGUCGUCGGGAGCCAGAGAGUCGUCGGGAGCCAGAGAGUCGCAAUGAACCCCCCAGCGAGUCACAACGAAAAAGCUGGACGCAGACAUUUGAAGCAGCAAUGGAGGGCCGCUACCAAAAUUGGAUUCGGGCUGCGUUCUAUCUGCUUUUGUUUCUGAGCUUCAUCUUCGUGCCCCUCAUCGCCGCAAAGUUUCGUGAAUAUCUGGACCACGGUACUCUGGAUUGGGAUUCCUCUUCAAACAUAAACAUAUCUAAACCGGAAGUUUUCCAUAGCCUUCGGAGUCAGGUAUCAAAAUUGGACGUUCAGAUGUCAUCAUUGUCGAAUGAGAUCAAUUCUGUUCGAUCAGAACAGUCGCUUUCCAACGUUCAUGAUUCAGCGCCCACAGAUGCAAACCUCCAUCGGAAGCCAAUCUAUAAGGUAAAUUUCCUCUCGGUGGCAUUGGGGGCAAUGAUUGACCCAGCCAAAACUUCACCGACUUUGGGUCCCAAACAGAGCGCAUCAUUACGAGCACUCCUCUGGGCGAGCUCGUUUGUUGCCAGGCGCUCCAUUCGAGCACCACAAUCCCCCAUGUCUGCCCUUACCACGUGGGAAGAGGUAGGCGACUGCUGGUGCAGUGCUCCUCGCAAUGGAACGACUCAACUAUCUGUACUUCUCGGCCGCGAUAUCGUGGCAGAAGAGUUGGUAGUUGAGCACAUUCCCGUGGGCGCUUCUCUCGAACCAGAGGCGGCACCUCGAACAAUCGAGGUGUGGGCUCGCUUCAAAGUGAACCCCCACAAAAUACCAAUCAAAGCCAAACCAACACCCGAGGCUAAACCUGGCCGUGUUGGCUUCCUGAAAGUCUUCGGAGAUGCCACAGUGUCACAACCGCCACCGUUCACCCAGGCCCCUUCGUCCCGUGAAACGGGACUUGGAGGAUUCCUAAUCCCUGGAAUUGGCUCACUUCACGGGCUGGUAAUGGAUCUAUUGCGUCGGAGCAACCCCUUUGAGCCCCCUAGCGCUUACUCGGAUGACCCAAUUCUCGGCCCCAACUUCUACCGCAUCGGGAAAGUGGAAUACGACCUCCACGGCCCAGACUACGCGCAAGCAUUCAAGCUGAACACCAUUGUCGACGUGUCAACCAUCCGUGUGGACAAGGUUGUUUUCCGAGUGACUUCAAAUUGGGGUGCAAACCACACCUGCAUCUACCGAUUCAAGUUACACGGGCACCUCUAG